CCACACAUUGACCCAAUUGGUAAUUGACUUUUUCAGAGAAUAGCAGUUGACGGUAAGCAAAGUCCACUUUGUCUGCACUCAGCAGUUUAAAAAUGGGUUCUGGUGAAGAAUAAUUAACCAAUUGUGACCUACCCAUUACUGGUUUAACUGUGUUGAUAAUUUUUAAUUUUAUUUUAACCAGGAAUGGGUUUUGCUGUGUCUUCUGUACAUAACCCAACCCCCACUUUCUUCUGCAAUGAGUAUAGAAGCAUGACAUGGGAAAGCCUACAGUAUAUAUCUGCUAUAAAAUGUCCAGUUUGCAUGAAAACAGUCGUAUCUAGGCUAUCAAGUGCAAAUUUGACAAUCAAUAGCCUUUACCUAUUUGAAGCACAAACAUAACAAUCGAAGAAAAAAAAAGAAAAAUUCCAGAGAGCACAGAAAACAAGCCCUUCCUUUCACUGAGUAUAAUCAUUAAUGAGGAAGAAAAACUAUUAUCUCAGUAAGCAGCGUAUCACAUCAUCACACUUUCCAUUAACUGUACUAUAACUACCAAUACCUUAUCCAUUAUGAUUGGCACAUUGAGCUGCUAUAUAAAGAAACAGCCUUCUUUUGAUUGCUUCCAGUUUAUAUUAGCUCGGCAGGUGAGAUCUUGGAAAAGCACCCUGACAAUCUGCAAAGGGUUCUAGGUGCUGUUCACUUUGUCUUUCUGAUCUGCGAGCGGCGUGCCCUUCCUACUUUGCACCAAACCCCCAGGAGAGGAGAAGCUGCACUCUGACGAGUCUUGGUUGUCUUGCACCAGGCUGCAGUUGUGAAGCCAUCGCAUUGUGAGAUGCCAGAGUUUGUCAGUCCUGGGGUGGGUGUCUUCAGCACUUGGGAUUAUGUGGUGUUUGCAGCCCUGUUCGUGGUCUCCUCUGGGAUUGGGAUCUUCUUUGCAGUGAAGGAGAGGAAGAAGGCCUCCUCCAGGGAGUUCCUGGUAGGAGGGAAGCAGAUGAGCUGCGUACCAGUGGCCCUGUCCCUCACCGCCAGCUUCAUGUCAGCAGUGACCGUGCUGGGGGCCCCCUCUGAGGUGUACCGUUUCGGGGGGGCCUUCAUCCUCUUUGGGUUUUCCUAUUCCAUGGUAGUCCUUUUCACAGCUGAGCUCUUCGUUCCUGUUUUCUACAGGUCUGGGAUUACCAGCACCUAUGAGUACUUGGAGCUGCGGUUCAAUAAGACCGUUCGCAUUGCUGCUACCUUAAUCUACAUCAUGCAAACGAUUGUCUAUACAGGAGUUGUGGUGUACGCUCCUGCUCUCGCUCUCAAUCAAGUGACUGGCUUCAAUUUGUGGGGCUCCAUAUUUGCAACUGGCAUCGUCUGCACCUUUUACUGUACACUGGGUGGGCUGAAAGCAGUGGUGUGGACAGAUGCAUUUCAGAUGGUUGUGAUGGUGCUGGGGUUCCUGACGGUCCUGAUUCAAGGAACCAUUGUUAACGGAGGGUUGACCAGUGCAUGGGAGAAAGCGGAGGCAGGGUCCAGACUGGGGGUCUUUGAUUUUGAUCCAGAUCCUUUAAGACGGCACACCUUUUGGACAAUAACCGUUGGGGGAACCUUCACUUGGCUGGGAAUCUAUGGGGUCAACCAGUCCACCAUCCAACGGUGUAUCUCAUGCAAAUCAGAGAAGCAUGCUAAACUUGCACUCUAUCUCAAUCUCAUUGGACUGUGGGUGAUCCUGGGCUGUGCAGUGUUUUCAGGGCUCCUGAUGUUUGCCUACUACAGAAACUGUGAUCCCUGGACUGCCGGGUUCGUGUCGGCUCCUGAUCAGCUCAUGCCCUACUUUGUCAUGGACAUACUGGGCAGCCUCCCUGGACUUCCGGGGCUGUUUGUUGCCUGUGCUUUUAGUGGCACAUUAAGCACUGUAGCAGCCAGCAUCAAUGCACUCGCAACCGUGACCUAUGAAGAUUUAGUGAAGAAUUGCUUUAAGAAUCUCUCCAACAGACUGGGCACAUGGAUCAGCAAGGGACUGUGUAUAGUGUUUGGGGUGGCCUGCACCUCAAUGGCAGUAGCUGCAUCACAGAUGGGUGGAGUUGUGCAGGCUGCACUGAGCAUUCACGGGAUGUGUGGGGGCCCUAUGCUGGGACUGUUCUCUCUGGGCAUCUUGUUUCCAUGGACAAACUGGAAGGGGGCUGCUGGGGGCCUGGUGAUGGGAAUUGCCAUGUCUUUCUGGGUGGGAAUUGGAGGAUUUGUUUACCCUGCGGGUCCUGACAAAGCAUUUCCCUUGCCGCUCAGCACCAACAGCUGCCUCCCACUAAACACCACAGACAUCAUAAGCACACUGGCACCCACCCCAGCCCCAGAGAGACCUGCGCUGGCAGAUACCUGGUACUCCAUGUCUUACCUUUACUACAGUGCUGUGGGCUGGAUUGCGACUGUGAUCGCUGGCUUGCUGAUAACGUCAUUAACAGGUCCUAACCGUGGUGAAGACGUGAACCCAGUCCUGAUACGUCCGGUCUGCAACCUACUCUGUUUCUGGUCUGAGAAAUACAAAAAGAUGUGCUGGUGUGGGGUUCAGCACGAUGCAGACUGCAUGGAAUUUCACGAUAACGGUGCCUUUUCGAUGAAACCAGAAACAUCUACGAAUAAAGAGCCACAGAACGGUUUAAACAAAGACACUGAGAACACCAUGUCUGGUUACAACUCAGAAGAGAAGUCCUACAGCAACGCAGGGCUGUCGAAGGACACAUAUUUCUAAUCAUCCAACAGUCUACUGGUGACAGUUGACUUUAAAGCAAAUCUGUUUCAUCAGUGCUAGAAAAAUGUUUACUUGGAACACUUUAAAAGGAAUGUACUGAGGAUAUUGCAGUGUUUAACAAGGGAUCGCAAACCUUGUACUACUGCUAAUUGUUAUUGAAAUGCAAGCAGUGGAUAUAGUAUUCAGGUUAUGUGCGUUAAUAGCAUUGUAACUCACUAGGAUUCACCUAUUGUAAACACGAUAAAGGUGGCUCAGUUUGGUCUGGACUCUGCACUAUUGAUUUCCUGUGGUUUGGGCCCAUUUCAAACCCAGUUAUUAAAAACGCCAAUCAACAAUAUAUUAAAAGGUUUUUUUAAUAAAGACACUAAAAGAAUGUAAGUAAAAGAGGGUACAUUUUUAUACUUUCUAUGGUGCAGCAUGCCUAAAGGUUUGAUUGUUUUGGUAUUUGCUGUUCUUUUUAGUGCUAAACAGACUUGGCAACUAAACAGACUAAAUUAUUUAAUUUGUUAAGCAAUCUCUGUGUAAUAAAACUUCAAAUAAAAACAGACAA